CAAACACUAACAAAGCUUCAUUUCUCCUUCUUCAGACUCUCAGCCUGGGCUCAUCAUGACCGCUCUGCUGACACUGCUACUGCUCACAGGCCUCCUGUCCGAUGUCGGGGGCUUCUCUCUGUGUGGAUGGAGGAAUCAGUCGGAGAAUAGAAACAUCUUGCGGUGGCAUGGCAAUUCCCGGCAUAAUAUGGUGAGCGUGGAGAACUCCGCGGAGGAACUGACUAUCUCCGCCCCUUACCUGCCCUCCAAUAACAUCACUUUGCCGGAUCGGCGGGGGCUGUACUCCUUCUGUGUGCACUGGAUUCCCGGUCUUCAUAUUCUGAACUUUACCUAUGGGAUCACCCUACACCGUGAGAUCCCUGGCCAUCCAUCUCCCAGGAGUAACGACUCUGCCCUGCCACAUCCAACGCAGAGCUGUAACCCCGUCUUCUCCCUCAUAAACGUCACCAUCAAUGGGGAACGCAAGGCCAACUCCUGCUUCUACGAAUUCCCCAUCCAGGCCAAAAGAUAUGAUGCAAAGCUGUUGGAGCACGACAUGUCUCAGGUCAGCAGCUAUCUGGAGAGGACAAGAUUCAAUGGGGACAGACGACUGCUGCGAAAGUGGAUUGAUACAGCUCUGUCCGAAGUUCAGAUUGAUGGGGAGAGUCACAACUUCGGGACAGGGGCACUGCGGGCAGGGGUGUAUAACCUGGACUCCAGUGAUGUGCUAAAGACCAUUCCGGACAGUCUAGGGGUCUCUUUGACUCUUCCUGACCAGCUACUGGAGAAGUUGCCAGAUGGGACCGCCAAGAGGCUCCAUGUUGUCCAUAUCCAGGGACACAACAUCUUCCAGAAUGACAGAAAUAUCUCCAUCCUAGGAGAUCAGGUUCUCGGAGUCACCCUGCAGGACACAGUGGUCUCUAACCUAUCGGAAGAUAUCGUAAUUACCUUUCUACAUGAACUCAUAAAGGACCUGAAGUCUCCGCUGUGCGUGUUCUGGGAUGAGUUAGGGGAGGAUUGGAGCACAGCUGGGUGCAGGACGGUGGCCACUGAGCGUCAGACUGAGUGUCACUGUAACCACCUCACUUACUUUGCAGUGCUAAUGCAAGUCUCCAGCCAGGUGAUAUCGGAGGUCCAUCUUGUGUCACUGACGGCCAUCACCUUCGCCGGAUGUGCCAUCUCUGCCCUGUCUUGUGUCUUUACUGUCGCAUGGAUCUGCUGUUCCAGGAAAAAUCAGACAAACCCCACACUGCAGAUCCAUAUGAACCUUCUGCUGGCACUGUUGCUGUUGGAUGUCACUUUCAUAACAAGCGCAGUGUUGGGCGGCCUGGAAGACGUGGUAGUAUGCCAAGUUUCUGCCAUUGCUCUGCACUUCUCUCUUCUCUGCCUUUUCACUUGGAUGGCCAUUGAGGGCUUCAAUCUCUACCGGCUGGUGGUAAAGGUCUUCGUGUCCUCCGCCAUCACCACCUGGAGACUGACUAUCCUGGGCUGGGGCAUCCCGGUUCUGAUGGUUGCAUCUGUACUGCUGGUAGAUCCAAAGAAUUAUGGGAUAUUAUACAUCAAUGUGGAGCGUCCGUCCUCCCAAAACUCCACAGCCGCCAUGUGUUGGCUGACGGAGCCCAUCAUCCACCAGGUGCUGAAUUUGGGAUAUUUUGCUGCCGUUCUCCUCUUUAACCUGUGUAUGUUUGUUGCCAUGACGAGGCGCGCACUCCGCCUGUCUCCACACUCGCGUCAGGAAGAAGUUCGUCGCUGCGUCACUCUGCUGGGGCUGAGCUGCAUGCUAGGCUUUUCCUGGGGUCUGGCCUUCUUCUCCUUUGGGGUCUUUUACCUGCCCGUCCAAUAUGCCUUCAGUAUCCUCAACGCCCUACAAGGCCUCUUCAUCUUCCUGUGGUACUGUGUGCUGUCUCAGCCUCACGCCAAGUACUCCCUGCGUUCUACGGACUCCACCAGCGCCACGCCGGCAUCGCCACGAGCCGACCAGACCCUCAACAGCGACCACAAGAAACUUCUGACCUGACCGCCCGUUUAUUGCCACCGCAAAGCAGCUUGUCUGUAGCACUUUAGUCACAGCACUUCGCAGGGUGUUUGACCCUUAUAUGGACCCGAUAAGCUUUGCAGUAUGGAUGUCUGUAUGGACUGUUCUGUAUAAUUCACUCCUCUCCGGAUUCCUUAGAGCCCAGGUACCUGCUGGCAGGUAUUGACUACAUCUAGAUUGUAAGCUCUGCUGGCAGGUAUUGACUACAUCUAGGUUGUAAGCUCUGCUUACAGGUAUUGGCUACAUGUAGAUUGUAAGCUCUGCUGGCGGGUAUUGGCUACAUCUAGAUUGUAAGCUCUGCUGGCGGGUAUUGGCUACAUGUAGAUUGUAAACUCUGCUGGCGGGAAUUGGCUACAUGUAGAUUGUAAGCUCUGCUGGCGGGUAUUGGCUACAUGUAUAUUGUAAGCCCUGCUGGCGAGUAUUGGCUACAUGUAGAUUGUAAGCUCUGCUGGCGGCUAUUUUCUACAUGUGCAUUGUAAGCUCUGCUGGCGGGAAUUGGCUACAUGCAGAUUGUAAGCUCUUCUGGCGGGUAUUGGCUACAUGUACAUUGUAAGCUCUGCUGGCGGGUAUUGGCUACAUGUAGAUUGUAAACUGUGUUGAGGGCUAUCUGCUGCUUGCAAGUUGUAAACUCUGCUGGCAGGUGUGGACUACAAGUAGAUUGGGAACGCUGCUGGCAGGUAUCGGCUACAUCUAGAUUGUAAGUUUUCCUGGAGGCUCUUAUAUGGAAUAGUAACAAUGAUUGGAGAAGGGAUAUUUUUUUAUGCACAGGUACUCCAAUGUAGCACACACUGGAACAUACCACUUUCUGUAUACAUUGCUUGUUUUAGGGUUGUUGCAUACGAUGGGGGACUGCUCACUGUCUCCCCAAACUCUGCCCACCCCACAUUCCAAUGUCCCCAUGAGGGAAACAGAGACACAUAUGACCAGAUUAUGGUUGUGGACUAUGGAUGGUUGCAGAUUAUAAUUGUUGGAAUUAUGGAUUUGUAUUAUGACUGGUUGUUGUAUUAUGGUUGGUUGUAGGAUUACGGUUGUUGGAUUAUGGUUAGUUGUGGUUGUUGGAUUAUGAUUGCGUAUUAUGGAUGGUUGUAGGUUAUGAUUGAUUGUGGGUUAUGGCUGUUGGAUUAUGGUUAGUUGUGGUUGUUGGAUUAUGGUUGCGUAUUAUGGAUGGUUGUAGGUUAUGAUUGAUUGAUUAUGGUUGAUUGUGGGUUGUGGUUGUUGGAUUAUGGUUGCGUAUUAUAGCUGGUUGUAGGUUAUGGCUGUUGGAUUAUGGUUGUAGGAUUAUGGUUGGUUGUGGUUGUUGGAUUAUGAUUGCGUAUUAUGGAUGGUUGUAGGUUAUGAUUGAUGGAUUAUGGUUGUAGGAUUACAGUUGGUUGUGGUUGUUGGAUUAUGAUUGCGUAUUAUGGAUGGUUGUAGGUUAUGGCUGUUGGAUUAUGGUUAGUUGUGGUUGUUGGAUUAUGAUUGCGUAUUAUGGAUGGUUGCAGGUUAUGAUUGAUUGUGGGUUAUGGUUGUUGGAUUAUGGUUGCGUAUUAUGGAUGGUUGUGGGUUAUGGCUGUUGGAUUAUGGUUAGUUGUGGUUGUUGGAUUAUGAUUGCGUAUUAUGGAUGGUUGUAGGUUAUGGCUGUUGGAUUAUGGUUGUAGGAUUAUGGUUGAUUGUGGGUUGUGGUUGUUGGAUUAUGGUUGCGUAUUAUGGCUGGUUGUAAAUUAUGUUUGUUGUAUUAUGGCUGGUUGUUGAAUUAUGGAUAGCUGUAGAUUAUGUUUGUUGUAUUAUGGUUGAAGAAUUAUGGUUGGUUGUGAGUUGUGGUUGUUGGAUUAUGGUUGCGUAUUAUGGCUGGUUGUAGGUUAUGGCUGUUGGAUUACGGUUGUAGGAUUACGGUUGAUUGUGGGUUGUGGUUGUUGGAUUAUGCUUGCGUAUUAUGGCUGGUUGUAAAUUAUGUUUGUUGUAUUAUGGCUGGUUGUUGAAUUAUGGAUAGCUGUAGAUUAUGAUUGUUGUAUUAUGGUUGAAGAAUUAUGGUUGGUUGUGGGUUAUGGGUGUUGGAUUAUGGUUGUUUGUAAAUUUUGGCUGUGGAUUAUGGUUGGUUGUUGGAUUAUACUCUCUUCACCAAUAAUUUCACCAAGCACAGAAAGAUUUCUUACCAGGUGAGACAUCAGUUACAAAUAUCGUGGUAGUUUCCAUUAUUAGUGGCAUGCAGUCUGAUUCCCGGAGAAGAGGCUGGACGACCAUGAUGUUUUGUGAUGGGGGGAGAUGGAAUAUAGUCACAGGGAGAUGGAUGUCAGUUACUGUCCACUGGGAAGAACAGGGUUAAUAAUUUGCAAGGGGAGGAGGAGGGCACAUUCCUCAGAACAAUGGCAUUCUUGCCAGUGUCAGCGUGUAACCAUGGUAACAGAGGGGCGCUCAGUCACCCAGAACAAACGCCAACUGUAAUGGCUGGCAGCCAAUGAAAUGUAGCUGGACACUGGAGUCCUAUAGAUAUAUAUUGAGGUGAUUAUGUAUAUAUUGUGCUAUAAAUAAAGAGACUUUAUCAACA